AGGUAGUACCGUUCACAGGAACUGGACUGUCAUUCUAGCCGUGUCCUUGUUAGCUAGCUGCAGUAGCAGGCAAACAGAUGUGUAGAAUAGGUAAAGAUGAAAACUGUGUUUGAGGGGUGAAUCUGAUAGAGACCGACCUUCAGCCGCUGCUAACAGCACCAUGUUGCGUGUCGGGAGCAAAGCUGCCUGCAUGGCCUGCAGGAACCUCGUUCAAACCGAUAUGGGGAUAAGGUUGCGAAUCCCGCUGCAGAAGCUCCACCCUAUGUCUUGUGCCAUCCACCAUCGCUAUUCGGGAAACUCUAACCCUCACCGACCUCCUCAUCGUACAGCAGCUCGAUAUUUUACCUCUAUGUCUCGGUUGCCCAUGCGGCCUUCAAAACCACCUCCAGGAUCAGGUGGCCAUAACUACCAACAGCAGCGCAACUUUUGGGUGGCUCGCCUGGCGGCCCGGCUGCUAAAGCUCAGAUACAUUUUGCUGGGUUCGGCGGUGGGAGGAGGGUACACAGCUAAGAAGACCUAUGAAGAGUGGAAGGACAUGCUGCCUGAUUUUAGUCAAUAUAACUGGGCUGUUCCAGAUUUUGUUUGGAAACUGAGUGAACAAAUUGAUCUUGAAAAACUGGCGAAAGCUCUACCAGAAAGGGAAGAAAUUGCCAAACUCCUCCCAGACUUUGACAAAAUAGGAGAGAACUUCUCGUUCCUGAAAAGCCUUCUUUCCUCUGGCGUGGGUUUGGGUAGUGAAGUCAAAGGAGCCURGGGUCUGCAUCUGUUGUUAGACCCUUCAGGCAAUCCUGCACUAAGAGCAACCGACUCUUCAACCGCAGCCUCACACGAUGCCAGCGACAAGCAACACAAGAAGGAUCUGCUCGGGGAGCUCAUUCUUAUUCAGCAGCAGAUCCAGCAGCACGAGGAGGAGGUCCGGCGAGCGGCUGCAGCCAAUAGUGCGCGUUCGCCACCCCAAGAUCCUGCUCCACAGACACGCAAGUCAUCGGACCGAGAAAAGGUCGACCAACUUCAAGAGGAGCUGCUUCGCACUCAGCUGAAGUACCAACGCAUGCUGGAGAGGCUGGAGAAGGAAAAUAAAGAGUUGAGGAAAGUGGUGCUGCAAAAAGACGAUAAGGGGAUUCAUCAAAGGAAAGUGAAGAAAUCUCUUAUUGACUUGUAUUCUGAAGUCCUCGACGUUUUAUCCGACUAUGAUGCUAACUACAACACCCAGGACCACCUGCCCAGGGUAGUUGUGGUCGGAGAUCAGAGCGCUGGGAAAACCAGCGUGUUAGAGAUGAUUGCCCAGGCCAGGAUCUUUCCCAGGGGCUCAGGUGAAAUGAUGACACGCUCUCCUGUCAAGGUGACACUCAGUGAAGGCCCCCAUCAUGUAGCCAUGUUUAAAGACAGCGGCCGAGAGUUUGACCUCACCAAGGAGGAGGAUUUGGCUGCUCUGAGGCAUGAGAUUGAGCUGAGGAUGAGGAAGAAUGUGAAGGAGGGGCAGACCGUCAGCUCUGAGACGAUAUCCUUGAGUGUUAAAGGGCCGGGCAUCCAGAGGAUGGUACUAGUUGACUUACCUGGUGUCAUCAGUACGGUGACUACAGGCAUGGCUUCAGACACAAAGGAAACCAUCUUCAGUAUGAGCAAGGCCUACAUGCAGAACCCCAAUGCCAUCAUUCUUUGUAUUCAGGAUGGCAGUGUGGAUGCAGAGCGGAGCAUCGUUACAGACUUGGUUAGUCAGAUGGACCCUCAGGGGAAGAGGACCAUUUUUGUUCUGACCAAAGUGGACUUGGCUGAGAAAAACCUGGCCAGCCCGAGUAGAAUCCAGCAAAUUAUUGAAGGAAAGCUUUUUCCGAUGAAGGCCCUGGGCUAUUUUGCAGUAGUGACAGGAAAAGGGAGCAGCGGUGAAAGCAUAGACUCUAUUAAAGAUUACGAGGAGGAAUUUUUCCAGGGCUCCAGAUUACUAAGGGACGGGAUGCUGAAGGCUCAUCAGGUGACCACGAAAAACUUGAGUCUGGCCGUCUCUGACUGCUUCUGGAAGAUGGUCCGAGAGUCCGUAGAGCAGCAAGCUGAUGUUUUUAAAGCAUCGCGGUUCAACCUGGAGACUGAAUGGAAGAACAACUAUCCUCGUCUGCGAGAGCUGGACAGAAAUGAGCUCUUUGAAAAGGCAAAAAACGAAAUCUUGGAUGAGGUCAUCAGUUUGAGUCAGGUGACCCCACAGCACUGGGAAGCUAUUCUGCAGAAGAAGUUGUGGGAGCGCGUGUCCACACAUGUCAUUGAGAACAUCUACCUGCCUGCUGCCCAAACAAUGGACUCUGGUACCUUUAACACCACUGUAGACAUCAAGCUCAAGCAGUGGACUGACAAGCAGCUCCCACACAAAGCACUGGAGGUUGCGUGGGAGACACUGCAGGAGGAGUUUGCUCGCUUUAUGGCUGAAUACAGAGGCAAAGACCAGGACGACAUCUUUGACAAGCUGAAGGAGGCUGUGAAGGAUGAGAGCAUCAAGAGGCACAAGUGGAACGAGAGGGCCUUAGAUAGCCUGAGGGUGAUCCAGCACAAUGCCUUAGAAGACCGUUCCAUCACAGACAAGCCUCAGUGGGAUGCAGCGAUCCAGUUUAUGGAGGAAACUUUACAGUCACGUCUCAAAGACACUGAAUCUGUGAUCAAAGACAUGGUGGGCCCCGACUGGAAACAGAGGUGGCUAAACUGGCAGAACCGUACACCAGACCAGCACAUCCGGAACGAAACAAAAAAUGAGCUGGACCGCUUGCUGAAGCUGCACGAUGACCACACCGCUUACUUGGCCAAUGAUGAGGUCACCACAGUUAGGAAGAACCUGGAGGGACGAGGGGUAGAAGUGGACCCAGUGCUGAUCAAGGACACGUGGCAUCAGCUGUAUCGCCGACACUUCUUGCAGAAAGCACUGUCUCAUUGCAACCUCUGCAAGAGAGGCUUCUACUACUACCAAAGACACUUUGUUGAUGCUGAGCUGGAGUGCAACGAUGUGGUUCUGUUUUGGAGGAUACAGAGGAUGCUGGUCAUCACAGCCAACACUCUUCGACAGCAGCUCACCAACACCGAGGUGCGGCGGUUGGAGAAAAAUGUGAAAGAGGUUUUAGAUGAUUUUGGYGAAGACAUGGAGAAAAAGACCCAGCUCAUCACGGGCCGCAGAGUCCAGCUGGCUGAAGAUCUCAAGAAAGUUCGUGAGAUCCAAGAGAAACUUGAAGCUUUCAUAGAAGCUCUCCACAAAGAAAAAUAACAUCUUCAGCAGACGGAAUGCACUGAACAACAAAACACCACAUCUGUAAACGACUGCCAUCGCCCCCUGGCACCCCSCUCAACACACUCUGGAUUUUAUCUUCCUCGUACCGGCUUCCCAUUCCUCCCACCACCCAGACGCUGAUGGUGUUAAGGACCUGAGCGGAAGCGAAAGACGAAGGAARCGUUUUCUGGCUUUUUCUGUUUUCCUAAAAUUUCUUUCUCUAAGACAAGAGAGGGACAGGAGCACAAACACYAAAUAAACACUCAGUGCAUAGAGUUGUUAGACAUUUGUCUACGUCUUUUCAAUAAAUGAGGACUGAACUCGU